UCUACUAAGUAAACUUAAAAAAAAUAAAUUAUUUAUAAAAAAAUAUUGAAAAGAGCGCGCCUUUAAAUAUUGCAAGAACGAGGCUUGGUCACAACCAAGAAAUCACCUCGACACCUUCCUCAGAGGCUUUUUUUUUUUUUUCGUUUUCAGCGAAAAAGAAAUGGUCUUUUAACUACCCGUUUUGGCCUCUGAUUCCAAAAAAUCCUCUUUUUUGUUUAAUUUUUUGCGAUAGAUUUCUUUUUAUUCUUUUUGGUUAUUUUUUUGUUUUGAUCCAAAGUAGAGAUGGCUGAUCAGAAAAUGAAAGGAGGAACAGUGUCGAUCAUGGUGUUGAUCUUUCUGGUUCUCUCUGCAACUUUCCAUGGCUGUUUUGCAGCAAUCGGUCAAGUUCAACCACCUAGGAAGAGAAAUACGGUGGUUAAUGGUUUUGGCUCCUCUGUUUUUCUUACUGUUUCUGGCAAUGUCUAUCCUCUCGGGUACUAUUCUGUGACAGUUGGGAUAGGCAAUCCACCUAAGCCUUUUCAGCUUGAUAUUGAUACUGGCAGUGACCUCACUUGGGUUCAAUGUGAUGCUCCUUGUACUGGUUGUUCUCUGCCUCGUGACCAACUUUACAAGCCCGUUAAGAACAACUUUCUGGCUUGCAAGGAUCCCAUAUGUGCUGCACUUCACUCAAAAGCACAUCAAUGCACGAACCCAAAUGAAAAAUGUGGUUUUCAAGUUGAUUAUGCUGAUCAUGGUUCAGUUCUUGGUGCCAUGCUCUCAGACAACUUUCCCUUACGCCUUGUCAAUAACUCCCUUUCUUCUCCCCUUUUGGCCUUUGGGUGUGGAUAUCGUCUACAAAGUCGCAGUCCACACCCUCCUACCACUGCCGGAGUCCUUGGACUUGGUAAAAGUAAAGCAAGCAUUUCAUCACAGUUGAGUGGCAUGCGUAUAACAAAAAAUGUGGUAGGUCAUUGUCUCAGCGGACAAGGAGGGUUUUUGUUCCUUGGAGCUGAUUUUGUCCCUAAAUCAGGAAUGACUUGGACACCAAUGUUGCAAAAUUCCUUUGAUAAACAUUAUUCUUCAGGUCCAGCAGAACUUCUUUUUGGUGGGAAGCCCACUGGUGUAAAGGGCCUUGAUGUCAUCUUUGACAGUGGAGCCACCUACACUUAUUUGACCUCUAAAGUUUACCAAACUGUACUUAAUCUGGUAAGGAAAGAUCUAAGUGGAAAGCAACUACAAGAUGUGAAAGAUAAAGCUCUUCCAAUCUGCUGGAAAGGUGCAAAAAGUUUUAAAUCUGUGACAGAAGCUAGGAAAUAUUUCAACACCUUUGCGCUGAGUUUUAAUGGCGCGAGUAACACUCAUCUACUACUACCACCUGAAGCUUAUCUCAUUGUCACAGAACUUGGAAAUGUUUGCCUUGGAAUUUUGAAUGGCACUGAAGCAGGACUAGGGACUGGCAAUGUAAUUGGAGACAUUUCAUUGCAAAACAAACUGAUGAUAUAUGAUAAUGAGAACCAGAGGAUUGGAUGGGCUUCUGCAGAUUGUACUCGCAAGCUUCGCUGAUUGUGAAUCUUGUCUUGUAACAUGCAAUAGGAAGCUUAUAUGUAAAACUAAAUAAAAUGAGUGAAUAACAUAAAUGGUAGAAAAUAGCUUCAUUCUUUGACAGAGGGUGGAUUUUUGUGUAGUAUAGAAGGUUCAUUACCAUGAUUCUUCUGUUUGAUUAUAUACAAGGUUGAAAAGGUAAAAGAGUAACUGUUAUGGGAAAUAUAUGAUGGAUGGAGGCAAUACACAUGGCUUUUACAGAACACAUUCACAAUGUCCUUUGAUAUGAUAUGUUUUGUGCAGCACAACCAGCUUUGAAAAUUACCAUAUCCAAGAAAGAUUCAUCCUUUUUUUUUUUUCCCCAGUGAUAGAUGUUGACAUAUUUGAAGAAUAAACGCCAGGAAUAUUCAGCUAAAAUUACAGCAUGAAGCAUAGUUUAUUGUCUUGGUGAGCACUUAAGCCACGAUUUUCCAGCAAUAUGAAACAAGCAAGCAGUAGAGUGUUAAUUAAAAGUUUA